CAACUAUUCAACAUGGAGGCGGAGGUCGAUAAGCUGGAACUGAUGUUCCAGAAAGCUGACUCUGAUCUGGACUACAUUCAGUACAGGCUGGAAUAUGAAAUCAAGACUAAUUAUCCUGAUUCAGCAGGCAAGAAAAAUCCAGUUACACUUGUAAAGGAAUUGUCAGCAAUAAAGUCUCGAUAUCAGACUUUGCAUGUUCGUUUUAAACCAAUUUCUGUGGAGCAGAAAGAGACUAAGAGCCGCAUUUGUGCUACUUUCAAUAAGACUAUGACCUUGAUACAAGAACUGCAGAAGGAAACAGACCUGGAGCUGUUACCACUGACUGAAGAAGAGAAAACUGCGGCAGAGCAAUUAAGAGCUCACAUGUCAGACUUCUGAGGAAGAAAUGGACUUGCAAAAAGGAACUCUAAUGGGGAAGAAAUCAAUCCCAGAAAUUUAGGAAAAUGUCUUGUUAACAUUGAUGACUAUUGGUCGGGAGAUGACAAAGGAGAUUUGGCUUGGAUCACUGGAUAGUGAUGCCUUCCACAGGAGGGGGGAUACAAGAGAAGGGCAGAUAUUGUAUUAAUAAAGUUCAGCCAAAGGGGCAGAAUGGAAAUAAAGAGAUUUUUUAAAUAUAUGCACACAUGCUUAGUAAUUUCAGGCAAGGAAGUCCCAACACCAUUUCGUAUCUGUUUUUGUGUAAGUGGGAUAACACAGAUGUCCUGACUGACCUAUUGCAAAAGAAUAUUAUGUACUAUCAGUCAGUCAGAUGUGAAUGAACAUGCUUGGGAAAUUAAAGGUUAGAAAAAUAUUUGUACUAUAUUAUACAUAUGUAAAUAAUUUUAUUGUUGAAAAUUCUGAACGCAGAUGUGGGUCACAUUACUGGUGAGACUGCUAACAUGUGACUUGACAGUCUCCCACAAUACCUAACUUAGUAGAAAGCUGGCUUUUCUGUGACAGCUUCACUUUUAUUUUUGUCCUGUUCCUUCCGCCUGCCAACGUUGAGCAUGAGCUCUGCUUUCUAAUGCUGUUUCAGAUUGCCCCUGUCAUAUUUCAGGAACCUGAAAUAUGCCUUUGUUCUCCUCUAGUCUCUAUUACUGUACUUGUUCAGUUCAUUCUAUUGUAAAUCUCUAUAUAUGAACCUUCAAGUUGUGAACGUUCGAAGACGUAAACGUGUGUUUUCCCCUCCAGUCACAUAAGUUAGCUCUGUUUGAGGAGGCACUGUUAGGUUUUGAGGCACAGGACCCGAGUGUAGGAUGGUACAUGAAGGUUGCAGCGGCCAUUCAGAAUGUAAUUCAGUGCUACCGUGGCAUCUAUGAUGAGAAAAAAAGAGCUCCCACUCAGACAUUAUUGGAUUGUUCUUCAAGAAGGCAGACAGAAUUGACCAGCAAGGAACCAGACCCUGUGCCCUCAACUGCAGGUGUGAAAUCGCAGCUUGCCUUCUGUCUCCUGUUGCUGAUGACCCUUCAGCUCUACCAUCUCCCUCCUCCCCUCCCUCUCCAGUCAGUAACUCUUCUUGCCUGUUCACUCGAUGCCAGCCCCUGUUGUCCUGUACUACUGUGCUUUUCAACAUACUGUACUUUCAGAUUAAAAAUGUUUUAUUUCUU